GAGCUGUGACGCAGUUACUGUGGAGGAUGCUGGGAUUGCAGGCGUUGGAGGUCAGAGAAAAUCCAAAAUGUCGGUUGCUGGCCUGACGUCCUUGAGCCGCUGUGGUGUUUUGGCAUUUCGCUCCCCCGCUGGACUGGUGGCAGUGCGAUAUGCCCAAACAGCAGCAGCUCCUGCAGCACAACCAAGAAUAAAGAAGUUCCAGAUAUACAGAUGGGACCCAGACACUCCAGGGGACAAACCCCGCAUGCAGACCUAUGAGAUUGACCUCAAUGCUUGUGGCCCAAUGGUUCUUGACGCCUUGAUCAAGAUUAAAAAUGAGAUGGACUCCACUCUGACCUUUCGCCGCUCCUGCAGAGAAGGUAUUUGUGGAUCCUGUGCGAUGAACAUUAAUGGAGGAAACACACUUGCAUGUCUCAACAAGAUCGACACUAACAUUAGCAAGCCAACCAAGAUAUACCCUCUGCCACAUAUGUAUGUUGUCAAAGACCUUGUACCUGACAUGAGCAACUUCUAUGCCCAGUACAAAUCUAUUGAACCGUACCUGAAGAAGAAGGACGAGUCAAUGGAAGGAAAGGAGCAGUACCUGCAGACAGUAGAAGACAGACAAAAACUGGAUGGGCUGUAUGAAUGCAUCCUGUGUGCCUGCUGCAGCACGAGCUGCCCCAGCUACUGGUGGAAUGGAGACAAGUACCUCGGACCUGCUGUGCUCAUGCAGGCAUAUCGCUGGAUGAUUGACUCACGAGAUGAGUUCACAGAGGAGCGUUUGUCCAAACUGCAGGAUCCUUUCUCCCUCUACCGCUGCCACACUAUUAUGAACUGCACCAAAACCUGCCCCAAGGGUCUGAACCCAGGCAAAGCAAUAGCCGAGAUCAAGAAGAUGAUGGCCACGUACAAGGAGAAGAAAGCUGCUGCCGUCUAAAUCCCGGACUUCUUUUUUUUACAACUUUUCCCUCCAUAAUAAAAUCAUAUAUUGAUUAAAUAUUGCUUGUAAAGGUCUGAAAGACCAGUGCACCAAACAACUCCACUACCACCACACAUGCGUCAUGGGAAGUCUGUGUGAGUGUCGUUGGAGGACUUGGUGUCACACAAACGCACAUGUAAAGUAUGAAUGCUGGAGAGUGUGUGUCCGAGUCUUACAUGUACUAUAACAGAAGUAUUUAUCUCCAUCUCUACUGUGUGUCUGUGUGUGCACUAGGGAGACUUGAUGCUGCAUGUUAAAGUAAAAACAAGGUAUUUUCUUGUGUGUAAACAUUUGUUGCUUAAUCAAGUUUGCAGUCAGUUCAUGGACAUAAAGUUUAUAUUUUUCCUCAGAUCUUAAAACAAGCCAACAGCAGUCUUUGUUUAAAUGCAGAAUAAAUAGUGAAAAUGCC